UGGGCGCGCCUCACCCGCUCCUUUGCAGUGCAUGCUGGGGAAUGUGGUUUGCGGACGUUCCGAGGCGCUCUGAGGUCCGAGAAACCACUGUCCAGUAAGGAAGCGUCAAUAUAAUUCUGACCCCGGCGGCCCAGGCGUGGGUCCUCAGAGGGUGUGCUCUGGAAGGGUCCAGCUGCUGACCGGACUGCUUUUCAUGUGAUCCAGGGCGCAACAGUUCGUGGUGGGGUCCUCGGACCACCGAGCAGUUCCUGGAGAUGGCUGCUUGUUGUGAAGAUCCGCUGAGAUCUGGAGGUGGUGAAAGCGCUGCAAGCACGUGAAGGUAGCUGGCAGUCCUCUAGCAAUGGAUAAAUUCGUCAUUCGAAGGCCUAGAAUCCAAAAUAGUCCUCAGAAGAAAGAUCCUGGUGGAAAGAUUUACAAGCAGGCCACGAUUGAAUCUCUGAAGAGAGUUGUGGUUAUAGAAGACAUAAAAAGAUGGAAAACUAUGUUGGAGUUUCCUGAUCAGACCAGAGAGAAUCUCGUUGAAGCUUUACGAGAAUUAAAGAAGAAAAUACCUUCCAGGGAAGUGUUAAAAUCCACAAGGAUAGGUCACACUGUGAACAAGAUGCGUCAGCACUCAGAUCCAGAAGUGGCUUGUCUUGCCAGAGAAGUUUACACUGAGUGGAGAACUUUCAUUGAAAAACAUUUAGACAGACCUUCUAUUGAAGUGCGAAGUGACCCCAAAACUGAAACAUUCAGGAAAAAUGCCCAGAAGUUACUCUCAGAAGCCUUGGAAUUAGAGAUGGAUCACCUACUGGUUGAAAAUAUUGAGCGGGAAACGUUUCAUCUCUGUUCCCGCCUCAUUAACGGGCCAUACCGGCGGACGGUGAGAGCCCUGGUCUUCACAUUAAAGCAUCGAGCUGAAAUCCGGGCUCAGGUGAAGAACGGCUCGCUGCCAGUCGGCACGUUUGUACAGAACCACAAAAAAUGACGCGAGGAUGGGUCCAGCACUGGGCUGGGCAGAAAGCAAAAUGGGCCUGUCUCUCUGCCAUUCAAAGACUCUUUUGAGUUUGGGUGACGGCUGCCGCUGGUGGUGCCGAGUUUUCCCCUGGCGCCAUUCCCUCAGACAGAGGAUGUGGGGAGCCCUGGGAGCCGGGCCUGCGGGAGAGGCUGCAUCAGCUGUAGUGCGCUCGUGUGCCGCACGGGACGAGGCUGCUGGCACUAGGAAGCGUGGCACGGUUGCCGUCACCCAGCCCGGUGAAAGGGUGACGGAUUUCACUGGGAGUGUGCCAAGGACACCUCUGAACAUCCCCAUGUCAGGCAGAUGAAGUGACUGCUUGAUUUCGCCACCCUGCAGGUAACUGAAACUCAAUUACCACUGCUGCUCGCUCAGUCCCGUCCCCCUGAGUUUAGACAGCUCCGGUGCCUGUCAGAACUCCCCUGUCUGUUCUCUUUGCUCUACCCCAGGGGUGAGCCUGCUGGAGCCAGCCAACUACCCCUUCUUUCCAGAACUCACUUAUCUGAACAUUGCAGCUCUCCCUGGAAGACCUUCUGCAGUGGUCUCCAGAGCCCCCAUGCUGAGGCUUCUAAUGAGGAGCUGGCCUGAAGCCUCCCCACACCUUGAGGUUUAUUUGAAUACGCUGGCUCUUGGUUUAGGGCUCUGUAGAAGAUACAUGAUGAAAUUUCUCUUGAAAUGAAUUACCAUAGUAGAAAAACAAAUAUGUCUAUAUUCUAAAAUGAAAUGCCACUUACAGGCCUGCUUGAACAAUUACGUAAAUGGUAUUUGCUCUUUAAAAGUAAUAAUAAACUGGGACUUUUUUUUUUCCUAAAAC